UUUUGCCACGGUCUAUUUCUAAAAGUAGCUCAGACUCCAAAACUUAUAACUGUGCAAGCAGGAUUCUACGGUGACUUCUUAAUUUCAAGAUCAUGUCAGCAGAAAUUGAGAGUAUAGAAAGUCUUCUUGAGAAAAACAUUAAAGGGGAAGAACUUUCCGAAGUUAGAAGGAUACUUUAUGGGAAAGAACUCAAGUCAGUGCACAUUCCUGAUAAAGUCACCCAGCUGGCUAUAUCCAAGGACUUUGAAGUGAAGGCAUACGCGUUUGAGGCUACCCCUGAGCAACUGAGGCCGCCAGGAACAGUGAGGGUUGGAUUAAUCCAGAACAAGAUAGUGCUUCCCACUGAUGCACCUAUUAAGGCCCAAAUUGAAGCUCUUCACCAGAGAAUUGGUGACAUAAUUCAGGCAGCAGCAGAAUGUGGGGUGAAUAUUGUGUGUAUGCAGGAGGCCUGGACCAUGCCUUUUGCCUUUUGUACUAGAGAAAAACACCCAUGGACAGAAUUUGCAGAGUCAGCAGAGACGGGACCAACCACUAAACUUAUGCAAGAGCUGGCUCAGAGGUAUAACAUGGUGAUUAUUUCCCCCAUACUAGAGAGAGAUGAUGCCCACGGUGAAAUACUGGCAAACACUGCAGUUGUAAUUUCAAACACGGGAGCAGUGCUUGGAAAGUCCAGGAAGAAUCACAUUCCUAGAACUGGGGAUUUUAAUGAAUCUACCUAUUACUUGGAGGGUAACACUGGCCACCCUGUGUUCCAGACUCAGUUUGGCAAGAUUGCUAUUAACAUUUGCUAUGGACGCCAUCACCCUCAGAACUGGAUGAUGUAUGGCAUCAAUGGCGCAGAAAUUGUGUUCAAUCCAUCAGCCACUGUUGGAUCUCUUAGUGAGCCUAUGUGGCCCAUUGAGGCCCGGAAUGCAGCAAUUGCCAACAGUUACUUCACCUGUGCCAUAAACAGAGUGGGAACAGAAUAUUUUGCCAAUGAAUUCAGCUCUGGAGAUGGAAAGCCAGCUCACAAGGACUUUGGUCACUUUUAUGGUUCAAGCUAUGUGGCAGCUCCAGAUGGCAGCAGGACCCCGGGGUUAUCCAGAACCAGAGAUGGUUUACUUGUGGUAGAAAUGGACUUGAACUUGUGUCGUCAGGUUAAAGACAAGUGGAACUUUAGGAUGACCCAGAGACUAGAGCUGUACGCUGAGUCUUUGACCAAAGCAGUCCGCCCAGACUAUCAGCCACAGGUUAUUAAGGAGUGAUCACACUUGAGAUAGAACAUCACUUCCUCACCAGUCACAGAAAACACAAGUGGUAGUGGUUCUUGUAGGAAGGUUGACAUUUUGAUUUUUUAUGAUCACUAUCUAAGUUUUUUUCUGUCCUGAUUGCAUUUUUAUGAGAUGAAACAAUACAGACUUUCAAAAAGGUGUCAUUUAUUGGAAAUCAUUGGAGAGAUACAGUAGAAUAUAUAUAUAUAAUUUCAGUAAAUUCAGAUUGAAUUUCAAUCAAGAUGCAUUACACAUAUAAAUACCUUAUUAUUCACAGAUUAAUAUAUAUUGAUUAAACACAAGCCCAGUUAAUUUACAUAUAUAACACCAGGAGACAUUUAAUAUACAGUUAUUGAUAAUAAAACUUAUCCAAGCAGUUAUCCAUACACAUAAGUUAUAGCAUAUUUUAAUUAGAUACAUGUACUUAGUAAUAUAUCUACUGAGUAUGCAUAAUUAAAGAUUCCAUAAUUUUGUAUUUUAAUCAACUGGUCACUUGUAGACAAAAUAAUCUGCUUAAAUUGUCACAAGUUAUAUAUACAUGUACAUUAAAAUCUUUGAAAAGUCCCAUAUUUACUAGUAGUUUGUCAGUAAGUGUACCAGUUAAUUACUAUAGACUACCAUAGUGGCUAACACCACAGACUAAUAUAUUUAUGAUAAUUUUUUACAGCAAUAAACUGACCUACUUUCAUUCCUAUGGUGCUAGAAAUUUGAUGUUAAUUUUUUUCUUAAUUGGCGUUCAUAAUUCACUUUGAUGUUUACAGGUGUCUGUGCUUUUCUAGAUUUAGUUAUAAAAUAGAGGGGCCAUAUUGUAAAAUUCUCUGAACAAAGCUUUAAUCAGGAGAAAGCAUUGUUUUGUGAAACCUACAUAGUAAAAGUUGAUUCAUUUCUGGAGGAGGACUAAGUUCCCAUUUAAUUUACCAUACAGACAUACUUUAGGUGAACUGUCUAAACGUAAGGUUUAAUAGAACCAUGAUUAGGACAUUAUGAUUCCUGAAUGUAUGUAAUUGUAGUACAUACAGGUAAUUAACACACAUAGAGGGCUACGUAUUAUUUGAGUUGAUGCAAGUAAUAUCAAACAGUAUGUGUAAUGGUUUGUUAUAUAAAUUUUAGCUUAAGAAAGAGCAGCUCAAUUGAAAAUAUAGAUAUAGUGCACUUUUUUGCACAAAAUGUUAUCUGAAUGAAGCAAUUUAAUAAAUAAUAUAUAUUAAAUAAUAACAAAGUUGAAA